AUGGGGGACCAGCUGCAUGCUUCGCAGGUGAUCUCAUGCACGCUGCACAAGUGCGUGAAAAAGCGGCGUUUUCCGGGAGCUCUGGGACUCGGUUUGAGUCAUGGAAACAGACGGAGUAUGAGGCGAUGUUUUCAUCCUGAGGAGAUAAAGCAGCUUCGUCGGCUGAUCCCUCCUCCUCCUCCUCUUCCUCAGCCGCUGCAGAUUAUUUAG